UCAAUAAUUCAUGGUUGGCUACUACUUAUAAGUCUCCAACCAAGCCCUUAGCUGUUGUCCCCAGCACAAGAGAAGAAUAAAGAAACCUAGCACACAAACAUAAACACCCACUGCCAUCUAUCUGCUACUGAUACUAUUACUAAACCAAGAGAAGAGAGAGAAUAACCAAGAAAGAAAGAAAACCCUUCUCCAUUCAAGAAACCAAGUUAACAAGGGGAAGGAGAGAGAGCUGCAUUGCUGCUUUUCAGUUUCUUGUCAAAUAAAAGAAUGGCCAACCUGUUAACCUCUUGUUUCUUGAUGUGUGCUACCACGUUCAUCUUGAUCUUGAUUGCUGCAUCACCCGCUGUUCAGGCAAGUGGGGACCACCUGGGAUGGAUACCCACCAUCAGAUCAUCAUCGACCUGCAAAGGUUCCAUAGCAGAGUGCUUGGCCAGUAAUGGGGAAGAGUUUGAGAUGGACUCAGAGACCAGCAGGCGCAUUUUAGCAACCACCAAAUACAUCAGCUAUGGUGCACUGCAGAGGAACAGCGUGCCCUGCUCUAGACGUGGAGCUUCCUACUACAAUUGCCAGCCUGGAGCCCAGGCCAACCCUUAUAGCCGUGGCUGUAGUACCAUCACAAGGUGCAGGAGUUAAUUUUAUUUUUAUUUUUUAAGUUUUUGGCUUUUAAUUAUUUGUUUUUACCUAUUUCAAUUGAAAAGAUCGGGUUGAUUUCAGAAGGAGAAAAUAGAUAUUGGGUGUUGGUGAUUGAUGAAAAUACUGUUACCCUAACUGUAUCUGAGUUUCUUUGUAAAAGAUUAUUGUUAUAUUCUUCUCUCCCACUUUCUCUCUGUUCUUUUAUUAAAUUUCUGCAAUGGGAAUUUUUGUUUUAAUA